AUGUGGACGAAACAAACCGGCGAGGCGUCCGACUCUGCCACCGCGUCCGAGAUGCUGGCAGACGCCUUGCAAGACUUGGCGCGGAGGCAGGCAACCCCGACGACUUCCACCUUGGCGGCCCUCCAGUCACCAUGUUUCUAUCAUCAGCGAUUCGACGACGCAGUCGACAUUGACAAGGUGCUGGAGGAAAUCAAAAAUGACGAGUCCAUGUCGCAUUCCAGGCUGGUGCAAACCGCGACUGGGGUGCGCGAGGUAUCCAGGCAGCUGCAGCGGCGACCCAUCAGGCGCGCCGUCCGAAACGUCAUGAUUGUCACCAAGGCCCGCGACCACCAGCUCGUCUACCUGACGCGCGAGCUCACCACGUGGCUGCUGCGCACGCCGCGCUACGGCUCCGACCUGGGCGUCAACGUCUACGUCGACGCCAAGCUGCGCGGCUCCAAGCGCUUCGACGCGCCCGGCAUCGUGGCCCAGCACCCGCCCUCCGAGCACAUGCUCAGGUACUGGACGCCGGAUCUGUGCUGGAACCAGCCCGAAAGAUUCGACCUCGUCCUCACCCUGGGCGGAGACGGCACCGUCCUCUUCACCUCGUGGCUGUUCCAGCGCAUCGUCCCGCCCGUGCUGUCUUUCAGCCUCGGCAGCCUGGGAUUCAUGACCACGUUCGACUUUGAACGCUACAGGUCGCACCUCGAUCGCGUCAUGGGCGAUGACGGGAUGAAGAUCAACCUGCGCAUGCGCUUCACCUGCACCGUGUGGAGGGACGGCGCCCACGGCGACGACAAGGGCGAGCAGUUUGAGGUGCUGAACGAGCUCGUCAUAGACCGGGGCCCGUCGCCGUACGUCUCCAACCUCGAGCUGUACGGCGAUGACGAGCUCCUCACCGUCGUCCAGGCCGACGGCUGCAUCUUCUCCACGCCGACCGGAUCGACGGCGUACUCCCUAUCGGCCGGCGGGUCCCUGGUCCAUCCGGACAUUCCCGCCAUCCUGCUGACCCCCAUUUGCCCGCACACGCUUUCCUUCCGGCCCAUGGUCCUGUCGGACACCAUGGCCCUGAGGGUCGCCGUGCCCAGAAACUCCCGCGCCACGGCCUACUGCGCCUUCGACGGCAAAGGCCGCAUCGAGCUCCGGCAGGGCGACCACGUCACCAUAGCCGCGUCCCAGUACCCCUUCCCCACCGUCACCCGCACAGACACGGAGUGGUUCGACAGCGUGAGCAGGACCCUGCGGUGGAACGUCCGUGCUGCUGCGCAGAAGCCCUUUGGUGCCGGCCCAUCACCAUCAUCAGACGGCACGGGCGUGGGGACCCAUGCCGUCGACGACGACGACGACGACGACGACGCCGCCGCCGCGUGCUGGGACAUUGAUACGGAUAGCGCGUACUACCCCAGCGAAGAGGGGAGCGUCAGCGCAAGCCCCGUCCGACGACAGAUGAGCAUGCUCGGACUGUAG